GGUGAAGUUGCUCAAUCAAAGAUUCUGCGGUGCUGUGUUCGGAAGUGUGGCGAUGGAGAUAGCUCGCACUUGUGUCUUGAAGUAAAUAAUAGACGAAAGGGCUUGGGGCGCUAAAACAGUGUUUGGAAAUAGUUUAUUGAAAAUAUAUUUCCGUAUAUCGGCCUGAAAAAUGUGACAUAUACUGCAGUGUUAGGAAAAUUUAUUUUAAAAUCAUAUGUAAAUAAAUAGAUUUAUGUCAAUACGUUGAAAGGUUUUAAGAAAUAUAUUAGCCAUGCAUCCGUAAAGCACUCGUGUUAGCACAUUGUAUGAAGUGAUUACUUGUGAACUGAAUGAACUAAGAUGGACGGGAACUCUCCAUAAAAGACCCUCAUAAGAAGAACCUGUCUGAAGAUGGGAAAAUGGCAACUUACUAUGGACCCUGUUCAGGAGUGGGGAGAGGAGUUUGAGGAUGGAGCCGUCUAUGGCAUCACCCUACGCAGGGAGCCUGUGCAGCCCGCGGCGGGCAGCAGCGGCGAGGCGGCCCGCUCCGACUGCUUCGUGCAAUACCGCACGUGCAAAGUGCGCCGGCUGAAAGCAGCCACGCUGGGGAGGCUGGUGUCCCAGCUGCUGGACGCGUGUUCACAAGAGCAGGACUUCGCCCGCAUCUUCCUCUCCACCUAUCGCACCUUCACCAGCACUAGCACACUCAUCGAGAUGCUCUUUAGCAGAGACAACCUCAACGCUGAGGCUGACCUCAGGUGUCAACAGAGUCCGCUGCAGGUGUUGGUGCAGAGAUGGCUGCAGGAGUUCAGUGAUGACCUGUGGGACCCUCCACAGCACCCGUCCCUGCGCUUCCUCUCCCUGCACCUGAGGCAGCACCCCGCCCUACGCCCCCUGGCCCAGCUCUCUGAGGCGCUGCUCAAGAGGUUCCAGAGCCAAGUAAGGCGAAACUCUGUGAUAGCCGGCAAUGCAUUUGAGGAGUUGGAUGUGGAUGAAGAGGAGCUGGAGCUGGACAGGCCAGUAGACAGCCCAGACUUCAUGGAGUUCUCCGUGUUGGGCAUCGCAGAGCAGCUCACUAGGCUGGACUCGGAGCUGUUUGUCAAGGUGGUCCCCUUCCAGUGUCUGGGCUGCAUCUGGUCCCAGCGCGACAAGGAGAACCUCUCUCCCACCGUCCGGGCCACCAUAGCUCAGUUCAACGCCGUCACCAACCAGGUCAUGGCAUCCAUCCUGGUCAACCAGACGCCCGUCUCCAGCCCCUCGACCGCACGAUGCCCUGGUCAGCCACACGUGCAGAGGGCAAAGGUCAUCGAGAGGUGGAUCAAGGUGGCACAGGAGUGUCGGCAGCUGAAGAAUUUCUCCUCUUUGAAAGCCAUUUUGUCUGCACUGCAGUCGAAUCCCAUCUACAGGUUAAGAAAGACCUGGUCAGCUGUCAGCCGGGAAAGUGUGACCACAUUUGAGGGCCUUUGUGAAACACUGCCAGACGAAAAUUGUGUCCUGACCAGCAGGGAGAUCUUAACUGAGGAUGGAUGUCAACCCAACAACCAACAAGUGGAAAACAUUUCUCCCAAGACGCUCAAGAAAUGCACUUUAUCAAGACGAGUAAGUGUCAGCAGCAGUGGCGUCGUGCCGUAUCUGGGCACCUACCUGACUGUUCUCACCAUGCUUGACACUGCCUUGACAGACACCGUGGAGUGCCAUCAGUGUAAUCUAAUCAACUUUGAGAAGAGAAGACGAGAAUAUGAGAUCCUGUCUCAGAUUCGCCAGAUGCAGGCCUCCUGCUGUCAGUAUAAUUUGCCUCACCAUCCUCGCAUCGCAGCCUGGUUCCAGCGCCAGAGGCUGCUCACUGACCAGGAAAGCUAUGAGCUUUCCCGUCAGCUGGAGGCCCCUGUGGACACCUGCACUUCAAACUCCAGCGCCGGCUCAUGGAGUCACCGCACCCUCACCAAAAAACUCUCCUCACUCCUGAUGACUGACGGGUCCAAAAAGAUGUACCCUGACCAGAUAAGUGUCUCCUCUUCUGGAUCAAGUGGUUCCGAAAUGGAAGACCUCUCACACUCCUCCCCACUACAACUUGAUUCCCUCUCCAGAUCCUGCCAGAACAUGUCUGACUCCUUCACCUCCUCCUCCUCCUCAUGCUCCGACAGCUGUAGCAGCAGUAGUAGUGCCUCUGGUUUCUCCACCGCCACCUCCAGCUCCCAGCCUGACCUCUCAGCUCCCCCGCUCUCCCCGCUCUCCCUAGCCCCACCCAAGAGCGCCCUGUCCUCCACCCACAAGCGCUCCGUGUCCUGCACCUCGCUGCCUGUCUACAACCGGCAGGUGGCUGACUCCUGCAUCAUUCGCGUCAUCCUGGCCGGUGCGGAGACCAGCAACGGCAACAUGUACAAAAGCAUCCUGCUCACCAGUCAGGACAAGACGGCGCAGGUGAUUCAGAGAGCCCUGGAAAAGCACCACAUGGAGACCAAGAGCUGCCAUGACUUCACCCUUAGCCAGGUUCUGGCCGAAGGCAAAGAGCUCCUCAUCCCAGACAAGGCCAAUGUCUUCUACGCCAUGUGCACGUCUGCCAACUAUGACUUUGUCCUGCGCCCCUGCCCAAAAGGAUCCCGUAGGCCCCCCCUCAGCGCGUCUAGCCUCGGCUCACUCCCCCGAGGACUGAAGUAGUAGCAGCAGCAGCAGUAGCAGUACAGUAGCGCCCUCUGUAGCCUGAAUUACACACCGUGCCCUGGCAGAUUUUAAGUGAUGCUUAAAUUACAUUGCUUUGCCCAUUGUUAGCUAUAUUUUUCUAUUGUAUAUUUUUUAUGUAAAAAAGAUAUUUAAGUGGACUUUGUGGAAAAUGUCUAUAUUUGUUUUGUUAAGAUGUUUUGCUCCAAGCACUUUGAGGUAGAUGAUGUGCAGUAUUGGUCAAAAGAUUUGGACACUCCUUCUCAAUCAAUGCCUUCUCUUUAUUUUCCUGGCUAUUUACAGUACAUUGUAGAUUUUCGCGGAGGGCAUCAAAACUGUGUUGACAUCAGGUGGAUAGAAAGCUGGCAUCGCUGUUGGAAAACUACUAGAAUUUAUAUUUUUUGUUAAGCACAUAACUAUACGUGUUCAUGCACAGUUUUGAUGCCCUCUGAGUAAAUGUACAAUGUACUGUAGAAUAUCCAGGAAAAUACAGAAGAGGCAUUAAAUGACGGUGUGUCCAAACCUUUGGUCUAUACUGUACACUGAGAAUGAGCAUGUCUCGAACAUAGAGGCCAGGGACUUGCUUGUUGUUGUCCUCUUUGUCUUUCUCUGGGCAGUAUGGGUAUCACAUGUGACUGUAAAGACAGAUGAGGUAAGACACUUUUGUAUGAAGAAAGGAUACUCUAUGAACUUCAGCAGCCUGUGAACCACACACCACACACUGCACCACACCACACUACACUACCACACACCGCAUACUGUACCCACUGGCAAUUAGUGCAAUCAAUGUGGCUGUUUUGAAAACAAUUAAAGUGGUGUGUCUGUCCAAUGUUA